AUGCGUCGCGUCGUAGUGACAGGCCUUGGAGCCAUCACGCCCUUGGGAGUUGGCGUAAAGCGAACUUGGACUCGUCUUAUUAACAACGAAUGCGGAAUCGUCAGCGUCGCAGAUCUCGAGCCUCAGGCGCGAUGGAGAGAGUUGACGAGCACAGUCUCUGGGCUAGUGCCCAUUGGUGAUGGAGAAGGACGAUGGAGGGCAUCGGACUGGGUCAAUGCAAAUGAGCAAAGACGAAUGUCGAAAUUUACACAAUAUGCCAUCGCCGCUAGCGACAUGGCCCUCAGGGACUCGGGCUGGGAGCCGAAGAACGCAGAGCAGCAAGAGGCAACAGGUGUUUGUCUUGGAAGCGGUAUUGGAAAUCUGGACGAGAUUUACGAGACCAGUUUAGUACACCAUCAAGACGGCUACAAGAAGGUCUCUCCGUUAUUUGUUCCCAAGAUUCUCAUUAAUAUGGCCGCCGGACAUGUGGCUAUGAAAUACGGCUUCCAGGGUCCGAACCACACGGCUACCACAGCUUGCACGACUGGUGCACAUUCAAUCGGAGAUGCAUCACGGUUUAUCACCAUGGGAGACGCCGAUGUAAUGGUCGCUGGUGGUUCAGAGUCAUGUAUCCAUCCCUUGACUUUCGCUGGCUUUGGCAGAGCAAGAUCUCUGUCCACAGCAUAUAACGACAAUCCCAUGGCGAGCUGUCGUCCAUUUGAUGCUGACCGCAAUGGCUUCGUUGUUUCUGAAGGUGCUGCAGUGGUGGUUCUCGAAGAAUUAGAGCACGCCAAAGCACGGGGAGCACAGAUAUAUGCUGAAAUCAAGGGCUACGGCUGCAGCGGUGAUGCUCACCAUAUGACAGCACCACGUGAAGAUGGCCAUGGUGCAUACCUUGCUAUGAAGAAAGCACUCAAAAGUGCAGGCAUCAAGCCUUCGCAGGUCGACUACAUCAACGCACACGCAACAGCAACUCAUGUUGGAGAUGUAGCGGAAACGUCGGCCAUCAAACGGAUCAUGCUGGGCGAAGAGGGCCAUCAGAAAGAGUCAGAUGUUACAGUCAGCAGCACCAAGGGCGCAGUCGGACAUUUGCUGGGUGCUGCUGGAGCUAUUGAGGCUUUAUUUUGCAUCCUAGCCAUUCACGAGGGAGUCGUACCAGCAACAUUAAACCUACAGAAGCCAGAUGUUGGAGCUGCCUUUAAUUUUGUGCCAAAUGAAGCACAAGAGAAGACGGAUCCAAGGGUCCAUGACGAUAACACUCCAAGUGCCUCUCAUCCCGCCUUGCCCAGGCCCUUGACGCCGAAUUUCCCUACUCAACAUACUCUCACAAUGAGCUUGGCCUGCGAGACAUGUAGAACCCAGGCCCGGACCGUCCUCCGGGCUGCAAUGCGAGCCGGCGCAUCACGAGCCGCUGUACCGACGACGAGGAAUUUCCUUCCACCCGCUGCGGUUGUUACUCGACGACAUUUCAGCAACACGAGCUCGAGAAGCCUCCUCAAGGGUAUUGGAAAGUCCAUGGCGGAGCCGUACCGUGUGUUGGGUGCGACAGAGCAGCUUUUCAAGGCUUCAGCGAAGGCAGCAGAUUAUCAUAUCACUGAGAAGGAGAGAAAAGAUGACCAGGUGCAGCUUGCGGAGGAUGGUGAAGAGAUUGGGCAUUCUCUGAACCCUGAUAGUCCCUGGCAUCACGUCUUUAAACUUCCUCCAACCUUUAGCACCUGGUCCCAUGUAACCAUGCUUCACCUCUACCUAAUCAACACACGAAUACGCUGCUUCGACCGCGAGGGCUUCCAAAACUGGCAGCACCAGCUCACAGACCACUUCUUCUUCGAGUGCGAGAAGAAGAUGCACAUUGACCACCACAUCACAUCGAGCGCCCUCCGCCAGCGAUACCUCAAGGACAUUUUCGUUCAGUGGCGUGGUCUCCUACUAGCAUACGACGAGGGUCUCAUCAAGGGCGAUGCGAUGCUAGCAAGCGCCAUCUGGCGAAACCUGUUCAAGGGUUCUGCUGAUGCGGAUCCUAGAGCUCUUCUUGCUAUCGUGGGCUGGAUGAGAUCGACACUGUUGCAGUUCGAGGCUGUUUCGGAUAGCAACCUUGCUGCGCAAUUACCGGUGAUUAUGGCCAAGCCAGUGGAUGUGUUCUGGACGAGAUUGGAGAAGCAACUUGGCGGACAGCAGGAGGAUAGUGUUCCUGCUAAGGAGGUGAAGGGGGAACUUGUAUCAACAGAGGAGACAGCCAAGGUUUCAGCAAACUAG